AUGGACAACACGCAACUACGAUACAUGAAAUUCACGAGAAGACUGAUGCGUAUUGUUGGACAAUGGCCGCAUCAAACUAAUAUGGAAAAGAUAUUGGUUUCGUUUGUAUAUUUGCCGUUUGUUACUGCACAAGCUGUUUUACAGGGUGGCGGUAUGAUAGCGGCAUGGAAUUAUGACAGUGAUAUUGCAUUGGAAAAUUUCGCGCCUUUCCUGGUCAGCUUGAUGAUAGUCGUGAAGAUCGUUAACUUUAUUUUCAACAGUGCUAAGAUGAAAAAGCUUUUGGUGACGAUGCAAGACGACUGGAGAAUGGCCAUGAAGAAGGACGAGGAGAUUCGUAUUCUUCACGAUUAUUAUUCCAUUGGAACGUUGUUGAGCAAAGGUUAUGCAGUAUGUGUCUAUGGAUCGAUGAUGCCAUUUUUAAUGGUCCCAGUGUUAACACUGUCAUCGCGAUUUUUCGGCCUUGCUGGAAACGAAACGGAACAGUAUCCUUUAAUAUUUCAUGCGGAAUACUUCAUAAGCAUGGAAAAGUAUUAUUAUUUCGUAUUAAUACAUUCGUACUUUGGUACUAUUGGAUUUUGUGCUGCUGUUGUUGGUAUCGACUCGAUGUUCGUAUUUUACGUGCAACAUAUUUGCGGUAUCAUAACGAUAUUAGGUAAUCGUUUGGAAAAUGUUGUCAAGGACGGUGACAUGAACGUCGACAUUUAUCCAAAUAAAAUGAAUGAUAAAACUUGUAAACUCGCUGGAGAUUGCGUUAAACUACAUAAUCACAUUUUACAAUAUUCACAAAUGAUCGAGUCAGCAAAUACAGUAUCCUUCUUUGUACAACUUGGAUUGAACAUGGUUUGCAUUAGCUUCACGGGAUUUCAGGCUGUAAUGCAUUUGAAUAAACCGGAUGAAGCAUUCAGAUAUGGUUCAUUUGCCAUCGCACAAACUUGUCACUUGUUAUUCGAAAGUUUGCCAGCUCAACAAUUGUACGAUCAUAGUAUACGAGUAUGCGAAUAUGCAGCAAAUGGUAAUUGGUAUCGUGCUUCGUUAAGAACGAGAAAAAUUUUUAAUCUAAUGAUACUUAGAAGCCAAACACCCAUUCAAUUAACCGCUGGCAAAUUUUAUACACUGAAUUUGGAGAACUUUAGUGCGGUGGUACGUACUUCGUUUUCCUAUUUCACGGUCCUCUGUUCAAUGCGAUGA